AUUCAUUUUGCCUUGGUUAUUGCUGCUUACGCUGCAAGACGUAAAGCUAAAGAAAAUGAUGCUUCUUUAGCAAAUGAAGUUUCAGAAACGAAUGUUUCUUCAUCGCAUGACACUUCACCACAUAUUGUUACAGAGAAAACCUGA